AUGCUGAAGCGCUUCCGCUCAGUCGCACUGCAGACGCGGCUGAGCGAGGACGCGCUGGACGGCCAGCGGAUGGUGGUCGAGGAGCUGGAGUGCGCGUACGACGCCACGCAGUACUUCGUGGAGGACGUCGCCGACCCUUGGAGCCAAGGAGAUGCGUUGGAGAGGGAGCGCCUGGCGCAGCACGCGCAGCUCCGCGAGCUGGUGAUGAGGGGGGACGUGGCCGCGCUGAGGGCGAGGCUGGCGGCCCUGGGGCCGGCGGCCGCGGUGGUGGCCAACCUCACCCCGGGCGGCGCCAACACGCUGCUCUACGUGGCGUGCGAGUCCGGUGUUAGGGCGGCGGCCGCCGCUCUGGUGGGCGGGGGAGCGGACGGGCGCGCCCAUCCCGUCACCCGCUACGGGCCCCUCUACAUCGCGUGCUACCACGGCCACGCCGACACCGCGCGACUCCUCCUCGACCACUUCCCGGAGGCGGUGCAGCAAGAGACUGUGGAGAAAUGGUUGCCUCUGCACGCGGCGUGCAUCGGUGGCCAUGCUGCCCUGGUCACGCUCCUGCUGGACUACCCUUACCCAGAGAGAGUGCUGCGCAGCUACACCGACGCAUCGGGCCAGUGGCGCUACCGGUUCGCCUUCGACGUGAACGCGCGCGACGCGAGCGGCCAGAGCGCCCUUUACGUCGCGUGCACCCUCGGCAAUUCGGCCGUCGUGGACGCGCUGCUCGCCUUCUCGCUGCCGAGAGAGAGGGUGCCCAGGGACCAGCCGAAGGCGGAGGAGGCGGCCGCUCCCCCCGAGCCCGUGGGCGCCCAGCAGGUGCUGAGCCCCCACCGGGCGGGCAUCUCGCUCGGAAUCCACGCCAUAGUCAGCAAGCUCACCGGCUCCACCAAGGCGGCGCAGGAGACGGAGGGCGAGGGGGCGGGGCGGGUGCGGCCCGUGCGGCUGGAGGCGGGCCGCGGCGCGGACAGUUGCGUGGCGGCCGCCGUGCGCGGCGGUCACCUGCGCGUGCUGCAGCGGCUGCUGGCGGCGGGCGCGGCGCCCGACGCCAGCGCGCAGCCGCCCACCGGCAUGGAGGAGGGCGAAUUCCGCGAGGCGAGGCGCCGCUCCCGCAGCGCGUCCGCCGCCUGCGCCCGCUCCUCCGCCUCCCCCUCGCCCUCGCCCUCGCCCUCCCCUCUCACGUCCAGGGGCGCCUACGACGACCGGGAGGGCGCGUGGUCGGCGCUGGCGCUGGCGGCGCUGGCCCGCAACGUGCCGGCGCUGGACAUGCUGCUGGCGGCGGGCGCCUCCGACCCGGGCGGGCGUGCGCUGCCGCUGUGCGCCAGGCACGGGCUCGCCGAGCCGCUCGCCGCGCUGCUCGCCACCAAGGCGUACCCGGACCCCGAGCACCGGCUGAGCCGGUCGUCGAUGAGCGAGGCGGUGCUGAGCGCGCGCGACGCGGACCCCGAGCUGUCGUACAGCGCGCGCUGCCCCGCCGCGCCCGUCAUGCUCAACUGGCGCGAGCUGCGCUGCCAGCUGCCCACCGUCAGGAUGAGCUGGCUGCGCACGGCCGCGCUGCGCGUGAACCCCAAGCUGAGCGCGUCCGGCGGCGGCGCCCUCCUGGCCAUCACCAGGGUGGAGCUGGCCAACAACGAGCUGCGCGAGCUGCCCAGGGAGCUCUUCUCGCUCCUCAGCCUGAGGUACCUGAACGUGGCGCAGAACAAGCUGGAGCGGCUGCCGACGGCCUCCGACCCGCUGGAGGAGGAGCUGGAGCGGGGCAGGCGCUCGCGCAGGGCGGCCGGAGCUGGGGCCAGGGUCUACACCGCGCCCCUGCUGCAGGACCUCUACCUGCAGGACAACCGGCUGGAGGAGCUGCCCGCCGAGCUGUUCGAGCUGCCGUCGCUGUGCAGCCUGGACGUGUCCAACAACAAGCUGCGCGCGCUGCCCGCCUCGCUGUGGGCGGCGAGGCGGCUGCGCGACCUCAACGCCGCCCUCAACCACCUCCGCGAGCUGCCCGCGCCCCCGCCCGCGCACGAGUCGCAUCCCUCGUCUCCGGCGGAGGCGUGGUCGCCGACGGGCGCUUCGCCCUCCACCCCCAGCGGAGCCCCCGAGGCCCCACAUUCGAAGUCUUCAUCGCGCAGCCCCUCCAUCGAGGGCGACAGCUCCCCUGAAGAGGAGGACCCCGUGCUGACGGUCGGCAACCGCGCCGGCAACGCAGUCUGGGCGGAGGCGCGCCGCUUCCACGCGUGGCGCGGCCCCCUGGCGCCGUCGCCCCCGCCCCCCCCCCCCCCUCCCGCCGGGGGGGCGUCGUCGCGCCGCCCCCCCCCGGCGCCCCCCUCGCCGCUGAGCGCGCUCAACCUGUCGCACAACCAGUUCACGGGCGUGCCGCCGCCGCUCGCCUGCCUGGCGCCCGCGCUCACGCGCCUCAACAUGGCCUACAACUCGCUCAGGUCGAUGUCGUACGUCACGUCGUACCCGACCAGCCUUCGCCAGCUGGACCUCAGCCACAACGAGAUCACCUGCUGGCCGAGUCUGCCGCAGGUGGAGAGCUUCGGGCUGGCGGACGGGGAGCCGCUGGCGUGCUUCUGCCCCCAGGGCGGGGGCGGGGCGCAGGCGCAGGGGCGCCCCCACUCCGGGGGCGCGGGGCAGGGGCGCCCCCGGCCCAGGAGCGGCGGCUCGGUGCGCGCGCAGCUGCUCAGCGCCGCCUGCCCCGCCAGGAGGCACCUGCGCCUCGAGGGGCUCAGGACCCUGAUGCUGGCGAACAACCUGCUGACCCGAAUCCAGCUCACGACUGACGACGACGGACUGGCGCCCACGAUCAGCGACCAACCCAACGACGAGGAGGAAGAGUGGGGCUCGGGCUCCAACGUGAAGGAGCGGCUGCUGUUCCCGCUGCUGUCGAUGCUGGACGUGUCCUGCAACCUGCUGCGCGCCGUCCCGCCCGCCAUCCACGAGCUCACCAACCUCUCCGUGCUCAACAUCAGCGGCAACAAGGAGAUCACCGAGCUGCCGCCCCAGAUGGGCCUGCUGACGCGGCUGUGGAACCUGAACACGGUGGGCUGCUCCCUGAGCGAGCCGCUGCGCUCGAUGGUGGUGGGCGCGCGCUGCCGCAGCGUGGACGUGGUGGGCUACCUGCGCUCCGUGCUGCAGGAGGCGCGCCCCUACGCGCGCAUCAAGCUCAUGCUGGUCGGCCUGCAGGGCAUCGGCAAGACCAGUCUGCUGGAGUGUCUGCGCCAGGAGUCCGGCAUCCACCACAGGAGGAAGCCCACCGACCACUGGGCUAAGCGGAUGGGCAACAAGUCGUCGCGGCGCAACGUGUCCACCGUGGGCGUGGACAUCGGCACGUGGGUGUACGAGAAGCAGCGCUCCACGCGUGGGCCGGUCACCUUCCGCACGUGGGACUUUGGCGGACAGCAGGAGUACUACGCGACCCACCAGUACUUUCUGUCGCGGCGCUCCCUUUACCUGGUGGUGUGGCGCGCCGUGGACGGCAGGAAGGGGCUGGCGGGCGCCCUCGGCUGGCUCAGGUCGAUACAAGCGCGAGCCCCGGGUUCGCCCGUCAUUUUGGUCGCAACGCACUAUGACCAAGUUGCCAACAGCGGCCUGCCGGAGAACGAGAGCCCUACGGCGCUGCAGAGGCUCAUCCGCUCCUCGGUGAUGGCGGCGCCCGACGCGGACAAGCUGGGCCUGCCCAGGGUGCUGGACUCCAUAGAGGUCUCAUGCAGCACUCGGCACAACAUCCGUCUAUUGGCCGACAUCAUAUACUCUGUCGCGUUCAGCGUGAAGCCGCCAGGCAGCAAGGAGCCCCUGCUGCAGCAGCGCGUGCCCGCCACCUACCUGGCGCUGGAGGAGUGCGUCUCCUCGCUGGCGGCCGAGCUGCCCGAGCCGGUGCUGCGGCACGAAGAGUACCGGCGAUUGGUGACGCAGUACAUGCAGCAGAGGAACCUGAGGAUGUUCCGCGACGCCGCCGAGCUGCACCAGGCCACGAUGUUCCUGCACGAGAACGGGGUGCUCCUGCACUACGACGACGCCACGCUGAAGGAGCUGUACUUCGUGCGGCCCCAGUGGCUGUGCGACGUGCUGGCGCACGUGGUCACCGUCCGCGAGAUCAACCCCUUCGCCACCAACGGCAUAAUGAAGGUGGAGGACCUGGCGCACGUGUUCAAGGCGUCGCCGCUGCUGGCGCGCAGCGAGGAGGCGCGCUCGCUGGGCGUCUCGCUGCUCAACAAGUUCGAGCUGGCGCUGUGCUGGGACGCCAGGGUGCUGCUGGUGCCGCCGCUGCUGCCGAGCCGCGAGCCGCCUGCCGCACAGACAGGCCUGGACUCCUUGGCAAUGGCAAUGGCGCAGUGGCUGACGAGCGUUUGUCCGCAGCUGGCGCUGCGCUCGCGCCCGUGGCCUGGCACGCCGCGGCCCGCGCGCGCCCCCCUCGCGCCCCUCGCGCCCCUCGCGCCCCUCGCCGCCGACUCGCCCACGCUAGUGCGGGCGGCAGAGGCGGCAGAGGCGGCAGAGGCGGCGGAGGGCGGGUGCGGGGGCGCGCGCGUGUGCGGGCGGCGGGGGGGCGGCGGGGCGGGCGCGCUGCGGCGGCUGCUGCUGCUCUCGUACGUGCCGUGCGGCUUCUGGGCGCGGCUGUGCGCGCGCCUCCUGGCCGACGCCGCCCUCGCCACACAGGCGCCCGCCCUCUACCGCGCGCCGCCGGAGGUACGUCUCAAGCACGAACAGAUGGAGGUGGACGAAGUGGUUUCCAAAGCGCUGGACCUUAACUGGGGCUGGAAGCUCUGGAAGACCGGCAUGAAGCUGGUGUGCGGAGAGCUCACUCUGGUGGCGCUGAGGGAGCUGCCCCCCAGGGUGGACCCACUGCUGGGCGCCGUGGCGGAUGAGGAGGAGCAGGACGAGCUGUACCACAGCAUCAGGUUCCGCGUGCGCCAGGAGGGCGCCUGGUGCGAGCUGGACGUGCGCUCCUCCGCCUGCGUGGAGCUGCUGCUGCCCGGCCAGGUGUGCGUGGUCCGCUCCGAUGACGGGAUGCCCAUCGGCGGAUACCAGAGCAUCAGCCUGGAACCGAACCCCGAGGUGCUCGCCAAAGUGCUGGCCCUGAUAUCGGACCACGUGGACCUGCUGCUGGAGGACUGGUACCCGUCACUAGGUACUCGUUUCGUGCACACGUCCGAGGGCCGGUGCCUGAUCACGCGCGUGGUGCCCUGCCCCGGCUGCUUGAGGGAGGCCGUGCCACACCAGCAGCCGCCGCCGCCCUGCCACGACCUGCCGCACCACGACCACCACCUGGCGCAGAUGGUGCGCGGCCUGGAGCUGGCGGCGGAGCAGCGGCCUCUGCGCCUCUCGCAGGAGUCGCGCGCCUCCGACGGGGACAGCGGCGUCGGCGCAGAGUCCAACGCGUCUUCCCGCAUCGGGUCGGUGGAGGGCGUGGCGAGCGCCAGCCUCCCACUGGCCACGUGCUGGACGCUCGAGGAGUGCAUCCUCGCGGGCUGCACCUCCAAGCAGCUGCACUGCGCCCAGCACGGGGAGGUGGAGCUGCGCGAAGUGGCCCCGGACACGCUGCUGCUGGACGUGGAGGAGGAGAAGAGGGCCCGCUGGGAGCAGAUCCAGCGCGGCGCGGUGGCGGGGCGGGGUGCGUUCGGCACGGUGCUGGCGGCCACGUGGCGCCGCCCCGGCAGGGAGCCGCUGCCCGUUGCGCUCAAGGCGCUGCAGCCGGUGCCGCCGCCCGCGCCCCACCGCCUCAGCGCGCUGCAGGCCUACAAGGCGGCGGUGUCGCGGUGGGAGCGCGAGCCGACGGCGGCCGCGUGCCGCGCCUACUGCGGCCUGCGCCAGGAGCUGGGCAUCCUGCAGCGGCUGCGCCACCCCCACGUGCUGCCGCUGCAGGCCGUCUGCGGCGCGCCGCUCGCGCUGCUGCUGGCGCUGGCGCCCCUCGGCGCGCUGGACGCGUGGCUGCGGCAGUACCGCGGCUGCGGGGCGCGCCUGGGCCCCCGCGCGGUGCGCGCGCUGGCGCUGCAGCUGGCGCGCGCUCUGGAGUACCUGCACGCGCACAGGGUGGUCUACCGGGACCUCAAGUCGGAGAACGUGCUGGUGUGGCAGCUGCCGCGGCCGCAGGAGGCCUCGGCGGCGGAGCGCGCGCCCGCCCCGGUGCCCGUCCACGUCAAACUCGGCGACUACGGCAUCAGCAGGCUGGCGCCGCCGUCGGGCACCAAGGGCUUCGGGGGCACCGAAGGCUUCAUGGCGCCAGAGAUCAUGAGGUACAACGGCGAGGAGGAAUACAACGAGAAGGUCGAUUGCUUCUCGUUCGGCAUGCUGCUGUACGAAGUGAUGACCCUGCGGCACCCCUUCGAGGGCCACGAGGCGGUCAAGGAGGCGGUGCUGGAGGGCGCCAGACCAGCUCUCACCCCAAGGGACCUGCAGUACCCGUGCGGCAUGGUGGAGACGAUGCGGCGCUGCUGGAGCGGCGCGCCCGAGCUGCGGCCCUCGGCGGCGGCGCUGGUGGCCGUGGCGGCCGCGCCGGAGUUCCUCGCGCUGGCGGACGCCGCCGCGGCGCGCGCCUGCACCCACGCGGCCGCCGCACAGCGCGUGCGCCUGCCCACCGAGGACGGUGGAUUGGGCUGGGAGAUAUGGUUCGGGGGGGCAGAGCCGGAGCGAGCGCACACGCUGCUCGCCAACCCCACCACCUUCCUCCACCAGCAUUCGCUCAGGGUGCCACCAGACAAGGAGGCGGCGGUGCUGGUGACGGCGAUGUGCCGAGUUGGCAGCACCAUGUGGCUCGGCGACUCCAUUGGCCGAGUCUCCGUCUACUCGGCGGCCACGUGCGCGCUGCUGUGGGGCGCGGCGGUGCAGCGCGCGGUGGGCGGCGCCGUGUGCGGGGUGCGCGCCUUACGCCACCUGCCCAAGCUGCGACGCGUCGCGCUCGCCGCCGCCGCCGGCAGGCUGUUCCUGGUGACCGCGUACCAGCCCGAGGCGGAGGGCAGCUUCGUGCUGACGGAGCUGGGCACCGCCACCGAGCUCUGCUGCCUGGCCACGGUGCCUCUCGGCGACGGCGCGGAGCUGUGGGCGGAGCUGUGGGCGGGCGGCGACGGGCUGAGCGCGUACACGGUGCGCGAGGGCGGCGUGAGCGCGGCGGAGCAGCUGCCCGCGCCCGGCAAGGUGGCGCUGCUGGCCGCGGCCAACGACCACGUGCUGGCCGCCUGCAGGCCCGGCGUGUUCGUGUACCAGUACAGCGUCAGCAGCAAGCAGCUGACCGCGAGGCUGGACUGCAGCAAGCUGGCCCCCUGCUCCGAGAGCCUGCAGUCCAUCGCCAUUGACGAGCGGCUGGCGGAAGACCGCUGCAUGAUCACGGCGCUGUGCAGCCUGGGCGCGCAGCUGUUCGUGGGCACCGCGUGGGGCUGCGUGGUGGUGGCCGACGCCGCCACGCUGAGGCCGCUCACCGUCUUCCGGCCCUACGAGGAGGAGGUGCGGGCGAUGGUGGCGCUGCCAGCCCUGGAGCCGGGCGGUGGCAGCAUGCUGGCCACGCUCGGGGGCGGCUACCGGCCGCUGCUGCAGCGCUACGCCCCCUCCCAGUCCAGCAACGCGAGCACCUCCCAAACGGGGGUGUACUGCCUGUUGUGGAGGGCGGAGCAUUGGCUGCCCGAC